GCGGGUGUGUGCCCCAAUGUUGUUGCUACAGCACACACUAUCGAUGAGCGGGGUCAUCACAGGCAUGGACCUCCUCUCCCGCGUCUACGUGCCGUUCGACUCGACGGGCAACAAGGCCUUCGGCAUGGGCGCCGCCGAAAAGUCAGCAUACGACCCGAUGAACAAGAUCGCUUACGCCGUCAGCGAGCAAGCCGUGCUGAGCGUCGUUGACUACGCCGACCCGAAGAACCCGCAAAUCCUCUUCGGUAUCGACCUCACCGAUACCGUGGCCGCGGGAACUGGAAGCAUUACCGAUGUGACAGUUUGCGGCGGCCUGGUGGCCAUUGGCGCCACAGCCAAGGUCAAGACGGAGCCUGGGGUUGUCACCAUCUACUCUUCCGCGAACGCGACGACGCCCGCGACGAUGAAGCAAAAGUACGUGGUUGGCCCGCUCCCAGACAUGGUGGCGUGGAACCAUGACUGCACCAAGAUCGCCGUGGCGAACGAGGGCGAGGGUGUGUACACCGACGACGGCCUGGUCGACCCCGUGGGCUCCGUGAGCAUCAUCGAAGGCUUCGACGUCGGGGGGAUGGACGGCGAAGUCAAGACUGUCGACUUUGCCGCCGUCGCCGAGACGGACGAGGCCCUCAAGGCGAAGGGCGUCCACUUGCCGCUCGAGCUAAAGGCGCAAGAGUUCUACGACGUCCACUCUGCGCACUUUUCGGGCUUGCUCAACUUCACAGCCUCGCGCGCUGCCUACUCGCCGGCGACGCAGCUCGAGCCGGAGUACCUCACCUGGUCGUCGGACGGAACCAAGGUCUACGCCAACUGCCAGGAGAACUCGGCGAUCGUCACCAUCGACGUGGAGACCCACACCGCCACGCGGCUGGACGCGUUGCCGCUCAAGGAUUGGAGCGAGGACGGCACCACCGAAGGCAUCGACACCGUCAAGGACGGCAAAUGCGUGCUCGAGCACAAGCCGGGCUUCAAGUCGAUGCGCCACCCGGAUGCGAUCGCGACGCUGACUGUCGACGGCAUCGACUACAUCGUGACGGCCAACGAGGGCGACGACAAGGAGUACGGUGACUACGAGUCCAAGCAAAAGUUUAAGGACGUCAUCGACACGAACGAGACCUUCACCAACGAGUUUCAGGAGUUCUCCUUCUUCGCCCCGGACGUCGGCUCGGACGCGUACGCCAACUUUGGCGACACCAAGAUGAGCAUCACCAUCGGGUCGAGCGGCGUCGACUACUCGGACCCGACGAAGCCGGUCUUCAAGGGCGCGGUUGGCUUCGGCGGCCGCGGCCUCUCCAUCUGGAAAGCGUCCGACAUGUCUCUGGUGUGGGACUCGGGGUCCAUGCUCGAGAAGAAUCAGUGCCUCCACUACCCGUGGUCGCACAACAGCGUGCACGACGAGGAGUUCGCGAUGAUCCGCGACUCGGACGGCAACGUGGGCACGCUCUUCGACGCCGAAAAGUCCGGCCAAGUGAGCACCACUGCGCCGUACCUGGCGAUCCAAGACGGCUGGACCAGCCUGCAAGAGACCAUCUGGGAGAUCAACGACAAGGAGGAGGACGGGUGCGACGUGGCGGACGAGGACGUGGCGGAGGGCCGCGGUUGCGACGCCACCUACUGCGCCUGCCCGCUCGGCAAGACGGUCGACGAGCGCUCGCUUAAGGAUGGCGCCGGGCCUGAGGCGGUCGUCGUGGGCGAAGCGUGCGGCUGCCAUAUCAUGGUGACCGCGACCGAGAAGCAGGGCACGGCUUUCGUCUUCGACGUGUCCAUCCCCGCCUCGCCGGAUCUGCUCUUCGUGCAGCACCUCUCGCCCGCGUCCGAGACGAAGAACCCAAGUGUCGCCUACGAUGACGGCACCCUCGGCGAGGUGGACCCAGAGUCGAUGACCUUCCUCGCCGCCGCGGACUCGCCCACCGGAUACGCGGGCGUGAUGUUCGCCGGCGCGUGGAGCGGCACGCUCUCCCUCUACGAGUUCAAAAAGGCGGACGGCAGCAAGUGCAGCACCUGCCCCGCGGGGUGCACCCCCGGCCCCAACUACCCGGCGACCCAGGACCGGCGCGAACUUCUCUUCGCCUCGACCGUGACCUGCCCGGCGGGCUGCGUCGCUGCGUGAGGCGGAACGUGCCGCAGGGGCGUUGGUCAAGAGCGCCUUGUGCUCCACUCGUUCGCCGACGCGACGCGUCAUCACACUCCGCGGCACGCAACGUACGUGGUUGAGUUGGAUGAGUUCACUGCCAGUUCAGCCAUUGUUUCUUGCAAUCUUCGUCGCUCCGAUGGGACGUGUGUGGCAGACCCUAUUGUCAGGAGCGGAAACAGAAUGUAGCAUUGAAGUGAGCGAAAAUUAAUAUUUCAU